AUGACGCGCGACGACCUGGCGCGCGCCGUGACGCCCUACACGUACCGCCACGGGGCGCCGCUGGCCUCCAAGAACCCAAAGUUCAACGCCAAGGCGCGCGAGGACAAGAGCCCGCCCGACGUGGCGGGCGAGUACCGGCGCCGCGUGCAGCGGCUGCUCAUCGACAAGGACAACGUGACCACGCAGGACGUGCAGGAGCUGCUGGCGUUCCGGGAGAAGAGCCACGUGGACUUUGAGACGCACGUCAAGACGCUGCACGCGCUGCAUGUCACGAACGCCGAGUUCGACCAGUUCGUGGUGUUGCAUGGCGGUCCGGCGCGGCCGAAGACGUUCUUUGACUUGGUGGACGCGGACGGCGACGGAUUGAUUAGUUACCCGGAGUACAUGUUCUUCAACACGCUGCUGGCGAUUCCGGAGCGGCAGUUUGAGUUGGCGUUCAAGAUGUUCGACACGGAUGACAACGGCAAGCUGGACCACAGGGAGUUCAAGCAGAUCAUGGAGCUAAUGCGGUUGCGCACGCCUGCGGGUCGUCAGGACCGCUCGCUGCAUGACGACGACGACGUGCCGAUCUUUAAGCACCUGUUUGGCGAGCUGGCCACGCAGUCGCUGUCGUAUGAAGAUUUCUGCGCCUUCCGCCGCGACCUCAAGCAGGAGAUCAUGCGCAUUCAGAUAUCCUUUCCACCUCGCUUUGAUUUGUUCAUGUUUUGGGGUUGUUCGCGUGAUUUAUAUUGGUUUCCCUUAACGCCGGUUUACUUCGAGCAGUAUGAUGUCGACGGCGACGGAACUCUUUCGCCGCGCGAGUUUGGCAUGUUCUUGGUCUCUCACGUUGACCAGCGUCACAUCGAAAUGUGGGUUGACCGUGUCGACAGGCUGCGAAAUCUGAAGGGACACAUCACGGAGCAAGAGUUCAUGGAUUUCAAUGUUUUCCUUGAGCACCUUGACGAGCUGAAGGUGGCGAUGGAUCUCGUCAUGCAAGAGCGCGGUGUGAACAAAGGCAUGUUCUCUGAAAAUUGGUGCACGCCGAGCUGGAUGGUUAUGGCUGAUACCCUAUUAUUGCCUGCAGAUCAAUUUCAGCGCGCUACGAGGGCAGCAGUGCGUGGAAGCAAAACUACCAAGCCGGUUACUCCUCUGCAAAUCGACAUCCUCUUUGCACUGUUUGAUCUUGACAACGAUGGACUUCUAUCUACAAAAGAAUUCAUCGAGGUCAUGCAGACUCGCAAGGACAGCGGAUUCAACGAGCCUCGUGACACGGGUGUUUUCAACUUCUUCCAGCGCAUCAAGGAGUGCAUUGAGUGCAUUUUGUAA